ACUAAACGGAAGGGGCCGGGAGAGGCCGCGUUCAGUCGGAAUCCGGCAGCGGCGGUAGCGGCUCUCGCCUCUUCAGGGUCUCCUCGCGCUCUCCCUUUCGCUUCCGGAAACAUGGCUUCCGGCGUGGCUGUGUCCGAUGGCGUCAUCAAGGUGUUUAACGACAUGAAGGUGCGUAAGUCCUCGACCCCGGAGGAGGUGAAGAAGCGCAAGAAGGCCGUGCUCUUCUGCCUGAGCGAGGACAAGAAGAACAUCAUCCUGGAGGAGGGCAAGGAAAUCCUGGUAGGAGACGUGGGCCAGACUGUGGACGACCCCUACGCCACCUUUGUCAAGAUGCUGCCAGACAAGGACUGCCGCUACGCCCUCUAUGACGCAACCUACGAGACCAAGGAGAGCAAGAAGGAGGACCUGGUAUUCAUCUUUUGGGCCCCCGAGUGUGCACCCCUUAAGAGCAAAAUGAUCUAUGCCAGCUCCAAGGAUGCCAUCAAGAAGAAGCUGACGGGGAUCAAGCAUGAAUUACAAGCAAACUGCUAUGAGGAGGUCAAGGACCGCUGCACCCUGGCAGAGAAGCUGGGGGGUAGCGCCGUCAUCUCCCUGGAGGGCAAGCCUUUGUGAGCCCCCUCCAGCCCCCUGCUUGGAGCAUCUGGCAGCCCCAGACCUGCCCACGGGGUUUGUGGGCUGCCCCCUUCCUGCCAGACCGGAGGGGCUGGGGGGACCCCAGCAGGGGGAGGGCAAUCCCUUCACCCAAUUGCCAAACAGACCCCCCACCCCCGGACCUCCCUCUCCCUCCAUCCCUGACGGAUCUGGCCUUCCCAAAUCGCUUUUGAUCUUCUGAUUCCUCUUGGGUUGAAGCAGACCAAGUUUCCCUCCAAGCGUUUCUGUUGAAGGGACCUGUGUUUUUUUUUUUAACGACACCCCAGCCCUCACCUGUUUCUCCCCCUUCCCAUGCUGCCAACUUCUAACCGCAAUAGUGACUGUGCUUGUCUGUUUAGUUUUGUGUGUAAGUGGAUGUUGUGGAGAUGACCCCCCCCCCCCACGCCGCCUGGUUCCCCUCCCUGGACAAGUAAGGGACCGUCAAUUAAAAAAGAAAAACUCAUAUGACAAUAAAGAGGUUCUCUAAUGGGAUGUUUGUUUCAGGG